AUGCGAUUUCCCUUGUUGGGACUAGCCUUAGCGCUGGUACUGAUCGAAGACGUCUCAGGGUACUCCGAAUGUGUAGGCCAGCCAUGCGAUGAAUGCCAUUUCUACUUUAAAGCUGGAGACCAAUGCAAUGUGCUUGGGAACUAUCCCAUGCUGUUUUGCGAUGCUGACUCAGGAGUAAUUCGUCAAACCAUGAAUGCCUUCCUGCAAUGCCGAGGGUCGGUGCUUAUUCUGAAAGAAUGUGCUCACGGUACAUAUUACGAGGAUGGGAAAGGCUGUAUUGAUCCAACCGUUGAACCUUUUCUGCAAGGACUUUCUGUUUCAGGUUUGGAAAGCCAAAUCUAUUUAUCGCUCUCUCCCGCUGGAUCACUGUAG